ACAGAUUCAGAAAUUUGGUUACAACUUACCAACAAGACUAAAAAGAUGCCUUUAUGGUAUCCUCUUUCCCAUUUGGUUUUUAGCACAAAUGAGAUUAAAUUGAAAGGCUAACAACAUUACAACACUCAGAAAGAAAUUCUGAUAAUUUCACAGAAACUACAAAUACAAUAUCAGCAGCACACACAAAAAAGGUAGCAGCAAUGGAGACCUCAGCUGCAGUGAGCAGUAGAGGAAUUUCAGUUGUAAAAUACCAAUGUUUUUCUACUUGUGCAUUUAAAUUCAAUGGAAAAAGGUCAUUGCAGAUUAUAUCUAUGGCUUCCAAGAAGUCCAACUCAUCAUCAGCCACCAAAACUGUUGGGUCUAAGAAGGGUACCGCAGUGUUUCCUGUAGGCGAGCCAGGGCCACGAAACAGUACGCAAUCAGGAACAACCUCAGUGAAGCUUCUGACGAGGGUGGAGCAGCUGAGACUGCUGACAAAAGCAGAGAAAGCAGGGUUGCUAUCAGCAGCAGAGAAAGCAGGGUUGUCAUUAACAACAAUAGAGCAACUAGGUUUGCUGUCAAAGGCUGAAGAGUUGGGUGUUUUAUCGGCAGCAACGAACCCAGAAACUCCAUCAACCCUUUUAACACUUAGCUUAGGCCUGCUACUUCUUGGCCCUGCCUUUGUUUUUCUAGUACCGGAGGAUAACUCUGUGGAAGUCGCUGUGCAGGUUUUGGUUGCACUGCUCAGUGUCGUUGGAGGCUCUGCAGCUUUUGCUGCUUCAAAUCUUGUAGGAAACCUGCAGAAACUCAAAUAAUUUUUGCUAGAAGAAGUAAUAUAUCAUCUUUGUUUGCAUGUUUA